UCGUUGGCGCAACACCCAAGCCAGUGCUCCCUCUCUCCCUCUUUGCGUUCCUCACUCACAUGCCAUGCGAUGACAUGCCACCACGCCCAUGCUGCGCGGGCGGCGGGGUAACCCCGUCCUGAAGGAUGGCACCGGAAUGGCUUCAUGGCGAAAAGCUUCCGCCCUUAUCAUUCCGAGGGAGAGGGGGGAGGGGGGUGAGAGAGAGAAACAAACUGCACCUGCUGCGGCGGUGAUGUGUGUACCGGUAUGUGUGUGUGGUUGCAUGUCAGCUUUCGCCCAAAACGGCCAUGCGAAGAAAGGCUCGACGGCAUCCCACACACCCCCUCCCAUUCCACUCCCUCCCCUCCUCAACCUUGACGUUCACGGCACCGCGCCGCACAGCCGGCCCCAGGGAGGGAGAGAAAAAGAGCCGGUAGGGGCUGUGCUGCCGAGCACGCCCAGGAUAGACACCAAACCCGCAUCGACGCCGUUCCGGGGCCGGGAACCAGGCACAACAUGGGAGAGGGGAGAGGGGAGGGGAGGGGAGGGGGGCCCUUCUUUGCCUCCGGCCGUGCUGUUCGGCUCCGCUGAGUUUGUCGCCGCUUCAAUGCCCCCUCCCCCUCCAGCCUAUCAGUAGCUCUCGAGAGACGAGUCUUUUUGCCGAGAGACCGGCGAGACGUCAACAUCAGACGUGAGGCAUUAUGCGUACACCGAUGGGCAUUAUUAAGCCAGCGGUUUUACCUU